GAGUCAAGAAAGAGACAGUCCAAGAGAGAUGAAGCCAUUAGAAGAAGAAUUGAUAGCGAGCUAUCCAAAAAACGCAAAGAACAUGUUGCCUCCAGAAACUCUAGAAAACAGUCAAAGGGUGCUCCUGGCACAGUUCUGUCUCUAAGACCAAACGAUCCUGUUAUUUCAAAGCCUUUUGCAACUGUUUAUGAGGUUGCUCAAUUGAUGGCCUCAAAGCGAGAAAACUGCAUAUUAGUGGUUGAUGAAAACAACCAUUUAUUGGGAAUUUUUACUGCAAAAGAUUUAGCCUUUAGAGUUGUUGGGAAGGGUCUUAAUGCCCAAGUUAUCACAAUUGAUCAAAUAAUGACAAAGAGUCCAAUGUGUGCAUCCAGUGAUACUCUAGCUUCAGAUGCUUUGAAUUUAAUGGUUCAAAAGGGUUUCAGACAUUUGCCAAUUCUAGACAAAUCAAAUCAAAUUGUUGGUGUAUUGGAUAUAACAAAAUGCUACAACGAAGCUAUGGAAAGAUUAGAAAAAGUAUACAACUCAUCUAAAAAAUUAUACGAUGCCUUAAGUAAUGUCAAUGCUGAAAUUGGUCUACAACAACAGCCUUUGCAAGUAAUUCAAUAUUUUGAAAGCUUAAAACAAAUCAUGAAUGGUCCAACUUUAGAAAGCGUAUUAGAUGAUAUGACAACUUUGCCUGUUUAUGUUAACAUUAAAUCCAAUGUCUAUGAGGCUGCUUUACUUAUGGUUCAAAAGAGAACCACUGCUGUAUUAGUAAAGGAUUUGAAUAAUAAUGAGGUAUCUGGAAUCUUUACCUCGAAGGAUGUUGUACUAAGAGUAAUAGCUGCUGGUUUGGAUCCAAAGACUUGCAGUGUGGUACGAGUUAUGACUCCUCAACCUGAUUGUGCAUCAAAGGAUAUGACUAUUCAUCAAGCAUUGAGACAAAUGUUUGAAGGUCGUUAUUUGAAUUUGCCUGUUAUAGAGGAUAAUGAGAUUAUUGGAAUUGUUGAAGUCUUAAAAUUGACAUAUGCAACUUUGAAUCAAAUUAAAACAAUCCAAACUCCUGAUGAUUACUCUCAAGAAAAUACGAAUAUGAAUAUGAAUAGCUAUGACAAUACUAACAAUGAUAAUCCAAAUCAAGUUGGCGGUGGUCCAGUUUGGAAUAAAUUUUGGACCUCAUUAGAUGAUACAGAUUCAAUGCAUUCAGAUAGCUACAUAGAUACAAGUUAUUAUGAACCACCUUCACUAACAAUGCCAAAAAUUUCUCAAAACGAGUUAGAUCAAUUCAAUUUAUUAUCUAGUGAGGUUAGACCCGAAGAUUCAAUUUCAAGAAUCAACAGCAAUAACAAUUCAAGUGCUAAUCUCAAUAAACUAGAAAAUAAGGAAGAAGAAACAACAUUUUCCUUCAAAUUCAAAUCCCCAUUGGGCAGAGCAUCAAGAAUAACAUUUAAACCCAAAGAUGGUAUUUUGGAAUUGAGAAACUUAAUUAAUCAAAAGAUCUUUGAAAAGGAGUUUACAAUGAUUGGAGGAAAGAAAAAAUAUGCGAUUUCUUAUCUUGAUGAUGAAAAUGAUUUGAUCUCAAUUACAACUGAUCAAGAUUUAAUUGAUUGUGUUGUUAUAAAUAAAAAUUCUGGUAAAGAAAAGGCAGAUAUUUUUAUCCAUGACCCCAAUGACUCUGAGAAAAAACUUAAAAAACAAACCAAGCAGACUCGUUCAGAUAUUCAUUAUAUAACUGGGGUGCCCAAUGAGCUUUUGUUGCCAGCAGCAUUGAUAACUCUUGCUGCAUCUGUGUUGAUUGUGUUCUCUGUU